GCGAGGGUUGUCUCGCCAGGGUGGUCGACAUGGGGAGGGCACCGCGCCGCCUGCAUGAGCCUGCCCCGGACCAUGUGCAGGACACAUUCAGGGCCCGCUCCCCUGUGUAUCGGUACCUGGUUGUCGGCCAGAAGGUCGACAACAAGGGGGUCAUGAUGCUCCGUUGCACGUUUUGCAACAAAGUUUUCCAAGGGACCCUGUUUCAGGCCACGAGGCACUUCACACAGACAAACUAUUGCAAGGACGUCAGCGACGAGGCGUUGUAUGAGAUCGCGCGACGGACUCAACAGAAGUUCGAGGCCGAUCAAACGGAGAGGGUUGCCAGGUAUGCAGUGGAGCGCGGACUCGAUGUGCCCGACACGGGUGGUGCAAGGGGAGGAGAGGCGGGGCAGCGUCCGGUGGAGGGAGGGGUCGGGGGAGAUGGUGGGCAUGGUGCGCCAGACCACCCGUUGGGGGGUGGAGGCGGUGACACGGAGGAGGGCGUGAUCCACUUCAAUUGCGAGGCACGUGGCCCAGGCGAGGAGGGAGUCCCGAAACACGAGGACGGACCAGAGUUUUAUCCACGCACUGGGGAAAGGAUGGAGGACUGGCGGAGGCGAGCAGGCAAGGGAGCUGCAACGGAGGGGUCUUCCAAGAGGAAGGAAGGAGGAACUGAUCCGGUUGCCACCCCAACAGGAAAGAGGCUUCGCCAACAGAAGUUCGGGGCGGGCGCGCCAGAGUUGCAGCGGUGCGCUCUUCGGGUGAUGCACAUGUGGUCUUGCGCCUCUCCAGCGGAGAGGAACUGGCCAGUCCACGAGGGCAUUCACGUGAAGAAGCGCAACCAGUUGGCCUUCGAGAAGGUCGUUCAACUCAUUGAGAUCACCGCAAAUGUGCGGUUGACGGAGUAUCGGUGGGUUGGAUGCGGUUAUGUGCUGCCAUGGCAGUGGGACGAGGGCAUGCUGGAUUGCCAGGCAGGACUCGAGGUGGAGCCUGUGCGGACGGGCACGAGUAUGGGGAUGACGGAGGAGGAGAUUGUCCGUCAGGUUGCGCUUAUUACCCGGGAUCCCAUCGGGGCCUCCUCACCACCCUCUGCUGAUGUCGUUUUCGGUAGACGUGCUUGCAUUAAUCAUCCCUACCCCAGGGAGGACGACUUGGACGAGGAGUCGGUACCCGAGGCGGCAGAUGACCCUGCGCUCCGCAUUCCCCGCGAGAUCGACGAGACGCACGACGAUCUCGACUCCGAGGAGACGAGGGCAUACACUGCACGACGGGCGUCGGCCACGGCAACGGCGAACACGAAGGAGUUGGGGUCCGCUUUGCCUCAGCGCGGACUUCUCUACAGAGGUGGGGCAGUCCGCCAGCUGAGGUUACGAUCACUUUCCCCAAGGAUAUUGCAGGAGGAGGGGGCACUAUCGGCAGCAGCAGUGGAGGGGGGGAUGGCACCAGCGGCGGUGGCGGACGCGACGAUUGCAGCCGCGGUGGACGAGAUAGCAGCAGCAGCAGCAGCAAUGCUGGAGGAGAUGGCAGCAGCACUGCUAGAGGAGGCACCAGCGGCAGGAGGAGGAGCAGCAGUGGAGGGGCAGGUGGCAGCAGCAGGAGGAGCAGCUGGAGGAACGGCCGCAGUGGAGGUGGAGAGGGCAGCAACAGUUGAGGAGGAGGAGGCACCGUCGGCAGCUGCAGUGGAGGGUGGGGUGGCAGGACCAGUGGAGGAGGAGAUAGCCGCACAGACGGAGGUACAGUGUGGGGGCGAUGAUGAGCGUCUCAUGCAGCAGUUCCUCACAGAGGAGCUCGAUCCGGUCAUAGCGGGUAUGACCCCGGGUGUGGCGAGGGGGUUUGGGAUUUCGGAUUCGGAGAUGGGGACCCAUUUAGACUUUGAUUUGUCGAUGGGCCUUCCACGUAGUUGUGGCGGGGCGACAUCGACAGAUCGGGCUCCAUCGAGGGACGAGGCGACAGGACAGACUUUGACACAGACCCCGAGGGAGAGGACAACGACUGAGUCUCCAGAUGCAGCACGCGACAUCAUGGAGCGAGAGAGGGCUCGACUUUUCGCAUUGAGUAACCCACGUGCUCAGGCGUUCGCACGGGCCUUAGAGGAGGCCAGGCUUCGAGAGACAGGGGGGGAUUGUGUGCAGGGUAGGGUGGUGGCGGUGGAUGAGGCUGUGCAGGCAGGACAGCGGCGAGACGAGGGGGCUAUAGACGCACGAUGCGUGGUCCAGGAGACAGCGACGGGUCCAGUCGUUCCGUUCUCGGGCCUGCACUUGGCUCAGGGCCGACAAUCGCAGGCGGUUCACAUGGCAGUGCAUGGUGUGCCACCGCCCGUUAUCACGGAUUUGGGGUCCGACCGGUGGCUGUGCCCCCACGUCUUCCUAGCCAUCUUGCUCCGCAGGAGGACGACCGCGGCGAGGGAGGUACCAGCAUCAGGUUGUGAGCCUCAGCGAGGUCGCAGCAGAGGAGUGUCCACCGAGAGCUUGGAGCACGCGCUGAGAGCAGCGACGCGUGCCGUGCUGGAGCAGACUCCACGCAAGCGUGGAGUGCCUCCUCGUCCACGCCCCGUGCCUGCAGAGGGAGGCGCUGCACUUGGAGAGAGUUCCAGGGCGGAGGGGUUGGGGAUGCCUCGUGGAUCCCGCCGUGAGCAAACGGUUGCAGAGGCUAGGGUGAGGGUUGUUGUGUUGAGGAAGGGAGGAGACCCUAUCACCAUUGAGGAGGAUGAUCGUGAUACGGAUGCGGUUGUGCGGGAGGAGGACGAGGACUAUGAGGGCGAGGAGGAGGGAGAGGAGGAGAGCAGGAGCGAUUCCGAUGGUGAUGACGACAACGACUACGAUGAGCCCCCACCUCCCCCAUGACCCCCACUGACGUGUGCAUCUACAAGCUCCGCUACGCGGACUUCUUCAUCCGCACGAGGGAGGAAGAGGUCGACAUCCGGCACUC